AUGGAAUCGUCCUGCUCGACACCAGGGUCGAGCCGUUCACGUUCAGCGGCAGGUUUACGUCUGCCACUUCACCUACAGCAACCGUCAUCAAGUAAUUCAGGUCCAGCUGUGGUCAGCCCAUCGGUGCAUAGUAUACGACCGGGUCAAACGUAUGUCACCGUACAAACACUCACCAAAGAAAAUCUAGUGAUCGUCGUUAACCAAAAAACCAAAGUGCACGAUGUGUUGUGGAAAUGUGGUGAGAUAUUGGAGAUCACCGAGGAUAAACUGUUCGGACUGGCGCUGCGUCAACCGACGGAGGGAAUAGGAGGUGACCAACCACGACACGAGUACUUCUUCCUCGAUCCGGCGCAAAAAAUCGUCAAAUACGCUCCGAAACAGCCGCGUUUCUCGAAUUGGCACAAUCGAAGUACUGAGAAUCGACCGCUGUUGGUGUUGUACUUUCGAGUUCGUGUGUACAUAGACCAAGUUCGGCUGUUGACGUGCCCUAAAGCAUUGGAGCACUACUAUCUCCAACUCAAGGACAACUUUCUUGACCAAUGGGCAAGUCGUCAUAGUGUUUCCGAGGAACGAUGUUGGGAAAUGGCAGCGUUAGCGUUAAAGGUGGACAAAGGAGAUAAUCCUGGCGGGUAUUUUCGUGCCGAGCAGUAUUUUCCUAUCUGGGUGAUAGAUUUGCGCGGCUUGGAGUAUGUCCGCAAGUACAUGCCGGCCGCAUCCGAAGAUUUGAAGGAUAUGAGCCGCAUGGACGCUAUGAUGAAAUUUGCCUUUGAAGCUAGCCGGUCACCGUUUGCUUUGAAUUGUCACCUUUAUGGGCUACGACGGCACAAGAUGGAUACGGUAGAUAACGCUGUGCUCGGCAUUAAUGCGAAAGGGAUCGAAAUGUGCGAUAUCGGCGAAGACGGCGAACGUAUUCCACUACGAGCACUGCCGUGGAAUCGAGUCACUAGGCUCUCAUUCGAUCGCAAAAAACUCACCAUCGUCGGCGCUGACGCUACAAAAAUGUGCCUCUACGCUCAAACCGAGAGCAAAGCCAGAUAUCUGCUUGAAUUGUGUCGAGCUGUGCAUCAGACAUUGUUAGUUCUCUCUCAUCAAAAUGGUAAAAUCGCCCCACUUCCGCAACUGUUCCAUGAGAAAAGCGUUGAUCGAGUGUCGACUUCGUCAAAUGCUACCACCAUGGCAGGGGAGCACGAACGAGACUGUGAUUCGUUAUUGCACGACUCGCUAAGCAAUUCGGGUGAUCGAGGACAAGGUUCCGUGUCCUCCAAGCAAAGAGUCCGCAUCAAAUUGGACUCGAAUCUGGACCUGAAGAUUGAAAAGAUGGAGUUGGAGCACAUCCGACAAGAACGCGCCGCUAGCCAGUCCAGUAAGGCAAGUGACGCUAGUGAGCAGACCGAGCGAAAGCUGCCUUCAUCGACAGAAUCUGACCACAGUGAAGUCCAAGAACACAUUACCCAUCCCAUCAUAGAUGCCACGAAUGUGCGACCAUCUAGUGUGGACUCCGCUUCCCAGACCAUUGAGACUGGUAACCGUUGCGCCACCGUCGACGUUAAUUUCAACCUCAAAUCCGGUAUCACCCCAUCAGACUUCGUUAUUUUGGAAGCUUAUGGCAUACCCUACCAGGGUGAACUACAGUACUCAUCAUCUGGUGGGUCACGAAGCGAUUCCGUACAACAUUCGAACGAAAUGCUUCCAGAGAGUAUGAUCCACAGUUACCAUCAUGAGCAGGGCUGCGCUAGAUCCGAAGACGCUGACUCAACUCUGCGUUCAUGUCUUCCACAACAAUCAUCAAUAUCACUCCAUGAUUUGCGCACAGCUGGUAUGAAACCACCUCCAGGCUAUAUCGACGAGAGGAUGGAUAAUGAGGCGAACAUAAUAGCUGCUCCAGCACUACGAUGGUGUGCCCCUGAUCAUCAAAUACAGAGGUUAAGCGCUUCUGGACAAGCAAGAAGUGAGCCGAAAAUCGACUCUGAUCUAUGGGGCCACCCAUCUGUUGCUGUGGCACUGUUAGAUUCCCAAGUAACCGCAAAUGGUGGACGCUUGUUUACCAAGAAGACUUCAAAUGGAGUGAUCAACAGGGUGCAUUCGAUGCCAGCUCACUAUCAUGUCAUUAAUGGAUAUCGAAGUAGCCCAAAUGAAGAAGUGGCAAAUGGUGCAGUAAUGCCGAACAUCGUGCAGCCAGUUUCUCGAAGUAAGACCAGAGAUCCACCUCCGUACGAGAGAGCUCUCGACAUUCAGAGAAGCACCAACACCCAGAUAAACCCGCAUUUGCACCUUCAGCCAAGCGUUGUCCAGUCCAUCGCUAUGGGACCUUUAGCCGCCGAAGCUGCCGGUGGACAGCCUGCAUUCCCUCCAUCCUCGGCAACGCACGACUAUUUUAUAGAUGAGGAGGGGUUGAGCACGGAACGACUCCGUGACUUCCCAAUGAUGCAUCGACUUCUACGUGAAUCGAAUAGUCUUCUCAGUCAUCAACGAAGACCGUCGUCAUGCAUCGACCUCACUUCGGAAUACGUGAACCAUUUGGCACCACCAAUGACAACAGGCAACUUCCAUGUGCCAUUCCAUCGAGGAGAUUAUUUUCCCGAUGCGGCUGUUCACAACUACCCGUCGCCAUACGUACGGACGACGAAUAUCAUCUCAACAGCUUACCCCUGGCGACCACCAGCGCCGGCAACCGUGAUGGAUCUUCCACCACCGCCACCGUAUCCGGCAGGUCGCAAAGCGCCUAUGGUGAUGUGA